AUGGUGGGCGCCGGGGCGCGCGGGGCGCCGCGGCUGUCGCCCUUGCUGCCGCCCUUGCUGCUGCUGCUGCUGCUGCUGCUGCGGGGCGCGGCGGGCGGGCUCGCCGAUAGCGUCGUCUGGGCCGUCAAUGCUGGCGGCGAUGCCCAUGUGGAUGUGAACGGCAUCCACUUCCGCAAGGACCCCCUGGAGGGCCGCGUGGGCCGAGCGUCUGACUACGGCAUGAAGCUGCCGAUCCUGCGCUCCAACGCGGAGGAUCAGAUUCUGUACCAGACCGAGCGCUACAACGAGGAGACCUUUGGCUACGAGGUUCCCAUCAAAGAGGAAGGUGACUAUGUGCUGGUGUUGAAGUUUGCAGAGGUCUAUUUUGCGCAGUCGCAGCAGAAGGUAUUUGAUGUCCGCUUGAAUGGCCACGUGGUGGUGAAGGACUUGGACAUUUUUGACAGAGUUGGACACAGCACAGCUCACGAUGAGAUCAUUCCCAUGAGUAUCAGAAAGGGGAAGCUGAGUGUCCAGGGGGAGGUUUCCACAUUCACAGGAAAGCUCCACAUUGAGUUUGUAAAGGGCUACUAUGACAAUCCCAAAAUCUGUGCCCUAUACAUCCUGCAAGGAACAGUGGAAGAUGUUCCAAAGCUGCAGCCGCACCCAGGUCUGGAGAAAAAAGAGGAAGAUGAUGAUGAAGAUGAGUAUGAUGAUGGCUCCAGCAUUAAAAAACAGGCAAAUAAGAACCGGGUCCAGUCAGGCCCACGCACACCAAACCCCUAUGCCUCAGACAACAGCAGCCUCAUGUUUCCUAUAUUGGUGGCCUUUGGUGUCUUCAUCCCUACCCUCUUCUGCCUCUGCCGAUUGUGAGAGCAAGCCCUGCAGAGCAUCAGCCGAGGGGCUGGGAGGGAAGGAGUUGGACCAAACACAGUUGCUUUCAAUUUCUCCAUAUUGUUCAUAAUUUAAGGGAAAAACAAAACAACGACAAAAAAGAACACAAAAAGAAAAAAAAAAGAGGGAAAAAAGGUGAUUGAUUUGGAAUGCAAAGCAGGUCCAGGUGAGAGGGAGCUUCCCCUCCCCCUGCCAGCAAGCAGCACAGCCCUCGCCUUCCCCUCCGCACCUCUCCAGGGCAUCCAAGAGCCCUGGCAGUCUGUGUAUGGAGCUGCUGAAGGCCGAUGCUGCCAGUCCCGGGCCGUGCCCCACACCGAGAGGAAGCCAUGUGCUGCAGGAUCUCUGCCUGUGCUGGGUGGAAUGUGGUUCCUUAAGGAGGGGAGCAGCUGGUAAGAGCAGGCCUGGGCACACGUUCUGCCUGGGAGCGCUGUGGUGCUGUUGGGUGUCCAGCACCUCUGGAACACAGAGCCUGGCUCAGCAUCCCCCACACUGUGAGCAACCUGACAUGGUAGUGGCCUGCAGCCCCUGUGGAGAUGUUCUCCUCCCAACACUGCAAGCUGUGCCAGGAGCAGAGGGGUUUGUCUGGCCUGAUUUGCUGCACUGGUUGGGAGGGACUUUGCUAGGCUGGCACUUGUUAGCCCCAUUGCAGAGGGAGUCUGCUGUAGCCCAGGAGAGCCUGAUGUUGGUAGCAUCUGAGCAGAUGCUCUUGCUUUCUGCAUUGGUUUUGGCUUUUGUUUCCUUUCUUAGCUUUUUCAAAUGUUUCAUUUUAAGCCUAGUUCCUUGGUUUGCCCUUUCUAGCAAGUAACUUCUCUGGGAGAAGCUGAGAUUUAGAUGACCUAGAGAGGAAGAUUUCUCGCCCUUCCUGACAGUUAGCUCCCUGCCCCAUGACUGAACAGCCUGUGCUGUAGGACAGAGUGGAGCAACCUCCUGGAUACUCUCUGGGGAUGUUCCUUGCCACAGGGACCAGCGCUGCCUGCCUGCAGUGGUGAGAAGUGCAGUGGAGUUCGUCCAUGUCCAGUCAGCUGGGCCUCUUGUGUGUCUGAGGCCCUGUAGUGAAGGGACAGAUGUCCAACAUUCAGUGCUGUAGAGCAAGGUGGUUUGCUGCCCUCUAGAAAUCUGUAAGUGAGCAAACACUGGAGACAGGGUCACCUGCUGUUCCCAGGGAUGUUUGCUUGCACAUGUAGAGCCUGUGCCUGCCUGGCAGGGGCUGAGCUCCACGAGAGCCCUGGCUGUGCCUGCUGCCUUCUCUUGGGCUUGGCCUCUCACAUGCUGAGCAGUCAUGGCUAGCAGGACGGUGAUCUGUGCGCUGGAGAUCUGUCCCAGGCAGGCUUGGGUCCUUGUGGGUCAGCCUGGGUGCUGGUGAGCUCUGGGCUCACAGAACACUUCACCUCAUGCUGUCUCUUGUCCUCAGAAGUGUUUUCUCUUUACCUGGUGCAGUGGCACUGAGCAGUGUCCUCGCCGCUGCUUCUCCCUGUGCCUGAGGUGUCAUGGAUUUGACCCCGUGCAGCGGCUCAGCCUUCACUUGAGUUUCUGCAGGAGAAGCCUUUCUGCUCUCCUGUGCCCAGGCAGCUGAAGCCUUCACUUCCUCCCAGCCCUGCAGCUGUGACCUGAGCUGUCAGCUCCAGCUCCGGAGGGGAGCUGGGGAGGUGCCAAGCAGGGCUCUGCACAGCAGUGGCACUGAACCCUGCCUGUCUGGUUGCAUGCAGCACUGCUGCAGGCCUGACCCUCAUCUGUGUGAGCUAAAAAGCAAGCAGUAGGACCUUAACUGCCUUCUUUCCAAUUGCACAAGUGGUAAUAGCCAGUCUGGGAGAAGCAAAGGGGUCUGUGCUGCAGUGCAAGGAGAAGAGAGGCUUUAGAGAGAGCAGAUCCUAACAGAUGAAAAGGUGGCAAGCUUGAAGGUGUCUGCUUUGUCUUCUAGCUGCUGUGAAAAUCUUAGUGCUGAUAAAACUCCUAAAACACAAGCUCUGGGUUGUGGUGGUUCCUGCAGAGUGCUCCAGUGUUUUGGGGACUGCUCUAACUGGAGCACCGAGACAUUUAGAUCUCUAUCAGCUUUGGGAAGCAUGAACUGUGCUGAUUUGUUAAGCAAAGAAUCUGGACUUGAAAAGCAAGCUUGCCUGUGAGGAGCUGCUCCCCUCAGGGCUUCUGGGCUGCAUUUUAUUUGAGUAUCCUUAAGGAAUCAUUCAGCUUCUCCUGGUUCACCCAGUGAUCUGCACCUUGCCUAGCAGCAGGAGAGGGGUGUGCAGAAGUCGGAAACUUCCAGGGUAGUUUAUCCCUGCCUUCCCUGGCAGCCAGGGCACCCAUUUUGUGCCAUUAGCCACCCUUGGGCAAUGCUGUAUAGGGUGAGCUGUUGUGUUCUGGUUGCUCAGCUGGGAUGGAUUUGUCUUACUUGAAUAAGAACAGGGAGGAGGAAGAGUUCAUCCUUCACGACUCCAAUUUAGUCGUUCUGGCUCUGGUUUUAUUCAUCUUUGUCACUACAGAGCUGGUGGCUGGGUGGCUGUGGGGUUCCUGACCUGGUUAUGGAGCCAUGAGCCAUUUUCCUUGCUGGGCCAGCCCUUGACAGCUUUGCCUGGGAAGGAGCCUUCAAAUAAGGGGUGUGGGAGCACAGGAGGAUAGUAGGUGACAACCAGUCAGCACCUCACUGGGAAUGGCACACUUGGGCUGGCUCCUCAUGGCAUCUCUGCGUGGCACCUGCAGGCCAGAGAGAUGGGUGUAAUGAGGUACCUGGUCCUGGGCAAGAGAAAAUGUGGGUUGGCUGCAGCCUUCCAGAAUGGAAAGCUGUUGAACUGAGAUGGGUUAGAGACAAACCUGUUUGUGCUUCGCUGCCUCUCCCCAGCAGCAGGCAGGUGGAGCCUGUGUCCCUGUGCAGCAGUGUGGGUGCUGGGUCAGGCUAGGCCUUGACUUGGUGUGCAGAGCAGUGGUGUACAGAGGGACCCAUAAGGCAGUUGAAUAAAGUUUCCGCUUGUUGGUCAUGUUUUGGGCCAGGAUUCCAGAGCCUGUUUUAAUUAUGCCCUCCUCAGUACCUCUGAGCCAGGCCAUUUUCCCCUUGUGUGUGACUGGAACAGCUCUGACCCUUUUGAGUAUGCCAGGUGGCAGUGAGCAGAAAGCCAAAUGACUUCCCUUCUCUUUUGUGCCUUUGUCUCAGGCUUUGAAUAGAAGUCUACCUGGAGAAAGUUGUGUUGGUUUUUCUUUUUUCUUUCUUUUUUUAAGGGCUUCCUGAGUUGUUUUUCCUUUUCCCCCAGGGGUCAGGCCUUCCCUGCCCCUGUGAUCAGACGGGGACUGUCUCACUGUCCCUGGAUGCCAGCUCCAGAGGUCACAGCUGAAGCAGAGAACUGUGAACAAGUAGCUUUGGUUCCAGCCCUUGAGGUCACUGGAAAAAACACCUAGCAGGGGCAGAAGAACUGGAAGAGCUCCUUCAGGUCUGGCCUCCUGCAGAAAUCUCCUGAAGGCAGAACAGAGAACUUCCAGAUGGUCUGGUGCCUGUGUGCCCGUGUCUGUGCAGUUCAGAGCUGAA